AUGAACAAAAUGCUGCUUAUAAUUCCAAUCCUAAUUGCAUCCAUGCUGCAAAUUCCUUUAAAUAUAGCAAAAUAUUCGCAUGUUCUGCAUGCACUUUACGUGUUGGGCGACUCGUUGUUCGACAGCGAGAACAAUAAUCUCUUGCCGACUCUAGCAAAGGUCGAUUUUUCACCUUACGGCAUGAACUUCAACGGAGGCCGACCAACGGGAAGAUUUACCAACAGAAGAACGGUCGUCGAUUUCAUAGUUGGGCUCUUCGAGAGGAUAGUGAAAGAGGAAUUCCCGAAGCAUUUUACGAACUCUACCGAGCUCUCGAACUAUCUGGCCAAAUCGAUAUUUUUGAAAUUGUACCGUUUGGGAGCUCGAAAGGUGAUAAUGUUUGAAAUCGGCCAAUCGGGUGCAUUCCCUCCACGACGAGGUGUGAAGUGGUGGUUGAUGGCUGUGAAGAUGGGUGGCUGGUUUAACGGGCUGAAGUAUGCUAAGGACCGUGUGAUUAAGCCAAAAUUUGGGAUCUUAAUAACGUGGGCCGAGACAUUAGGCUUAGGGCUU